ACAAAAGACCUUUAUCUGUACCUCUCAGUGUAAGCUGAGCAGCUUAUAAAUAUUUGCAGUAACAGAGAUUUUGAAGUUUGCUUUCAAGCCAGGAGAAAUUUUGCACACAUUUGCAGGUUUUAUGAUAUAAUCACACAUCUUUGUGAGCUGCUAAGUUAUUAACUACUUGUGAUCAAAUCCUGACUCUCUCUUAUCUCUUGUAACAGCUAAUGUUUCUGGCAGUUCAACAAGGAUGUUGGUGUUCCGUUUGUCACUGAUGAUCAAGCUUUUCUUCCAGUUGGAUGCAUCGGUUUGUCCUGAGAAGUGUGACUGCUCUUCAAAAAAUGCAGUUCAUUGCUCGGGUCCCCACAUAAAAGACCUGGCAUCUUUAAAUCUGCCUUGCAACAUGACACAAAUCCACAUAACGAACACUAAUGUGCCGUACUUGCAGGAUGUUUUUUCUGGGAUGGUGGAACUGCAGCAUCUCAUCUUGUCUUCAAACAACAUCUCUCUGGUUUCACCAAUGGCUUUUAAAGGGUUGAGAAAUCUAAAAAUCCUCAAACUGCUAGAUAAUAAGCUUGUUGAGCUUCCUCCAGAAGUGUUUGAUGACAUGGUGCAGCUUCAGCAAUUGAUCAUCGAAAGUAACAGGUUGAAAUCCAUCGAGGAAAAUCUGUUUGACAAACUAGCUAGUUUGGAGGAACUGUACUUGAACAAAAACCAACUAACAGCACUUCCUAGUGACAUGCUGAAGAAUCUUACCAAACUCAAAGUACUGAACUUGUCAAGAAAUUACUUAGCAGCACUGCCUAGAAAUAUAUUCAGUGCAUUAGCCAGGCUUGAGAAGCUGAUGCUAUAUUUUAACAGGCUGUCGUCAAUAGAGUCUGGUAUGUUUGAUAACCUGACGGAGCUGCAGGAACUCUUCCUGCAUUGCAAUAACAUCCAGUCCAUCGCCCCUGAUGCAUUUCAUUGUCUUCACAAACUGAGGCGCCUGACGCUCUCCAGAAACAAGCUUGAGGUUUUGCCUUCUGGGCUUUUUUUGCACUUGCAUGAUCUGUGUAAACUGACCUUAUACAGGAACCCACUGAAGUCUCUUCCAGAAAUACUGUUUGGAGAAAUGAGGCAUCUUGGUAGCCUGUGGCUGUAUCACACAAAGCUCUCAACGAUACCAGAUUUUGUGUUCAGUAACUUGACAAAUUUAGAGCUUCUUGUGCUGAGUUUUAAUCCAGAGCUUACGGUUCUUCCAAGGAACGUGUUCAGUGGCCUGAAUGAACUGCGAGGCCUUUCUCUGCAUACAAACAAUAUUUCCAGUUUGCCAGAGGGCAUAUUUCUGAGCCUUCAGAAACUGCAGAACGUUUCCCUCUUUGAUACAAGGCUUGAGGUUCUUCCUAGAGACCUCUUUCAUAAUCUCAAGCACCUCCAGAAGGUUUACCUGAAUAGUACUAAGCUGCAGUCUCUUCCUGCAGACUUCUUUGCCGCUUUACCUGAGCUGCAAGAAGUUGUUCUUGACGACAACCCUUGGAAAUGUGAUUGCCAAAUUCUUGGCUUCCGAGAGUGGCUCCAAAAGAGCAUGGAGAUAGUUAAAGAUGUGCCAUCUCUAAAGUGCAACAGCCCACUGGCACUGCAGAAUAUUUCUCUUGUGGCUCUAACCAUUGAUGGCCCAAAGUGCCUGCCAACCACAGCCAUUACGUAUCAGACCUUCAGCUCAACUUAUUCCCAGACCUUGACGUCUCCUGUAACGGAGCAGUUAAGAUCAUCUUGGGAGAUUUCUGUAACAGCAGUGUUUGACAUGGAAAGCAGCACACCCACAUCAAUUCCUCCUGAGACUCCAGGUUUUACCUACUCCCAUGUUGAAGAUGUUGGACAGCCUGGGUUUCAUUUCUCAGAUGUUCCAAUACAAACUUCUCCCAGCGUCAUAGCACGAACUGACAGUGUCAGAGGAACAGAUUUAACUACUCUUGUCUGGUGGGAUGAGUUGCCAGCCCACAGGAGUGCUAAACCCUAUUUUAAUACCAGAAUUGCUUAUUGCCAGCUAUUCUUGUGCCUUCACAGUUUGAUUUUAGCACUCCAGACUGUAACCAUUGUGCUCAGUCUGUAUGUGAUGGGUAAAACCAGGCAACUCUUGCACUCCAAAAAUACUCCUGCUCAGCCUGUAGUUCUGAUAAGAUUGUUAAGAAGAUAGAGCAUAUAACCCAAGAGAGGAUUAGAAGCGUUGCCUUGGAUGCAGUUUAAGCAAUUGAUACUCGAUUCAGAUCUGGAUUACAAAUCUUCAUAGCAAGAAUCAUAAAGACCUUGGCUUUACAGCAUAAUGAAAAUAUGCUUUUAUGUACAUCACAGUUUUUGCCAGAAGUGGCUGUAAUCACUGUACAUUGCUACAGCAUCUGGUGCAGGAACCCAGAGGGAGAGCUGAAAGUGCCUGUGGUCACCUCAACAUGUCCUCUGUGGGUUUCCUGCUUUGGCCCUCAGCCCUGUGCCUGCUCACACUGCUCCAGUGGGGUGGCAUUAACAUAGGGAGCUCUACACAGGAACAUGGCUUUAACUGUGCUUUAGAGAGUGCCCAAAGUACUCCAAAUGCUAUUAUGCCUUAUACUGCCUGUUUUGUCUCCUUAUUGAGAAAACAAAUGGUAUUUUUGGGAGGAGAUGCUGGGGAGGACCUUUUAACAAUGGGAGUGUGGGUGGAAUGGUACGAUGCAAGUGUCUUAGCUUUUGUUCUCUGUCCUCAGCCCCUUUCCAUGAUGUGGCAUGAGGAAGGGGUACCAUUUAAAGCUAACAGCAGAGGAAGAUGGUGAGAUAGGAAGUAUAAUCUUGAUGUACUUUAUUGUUUGUCUGGGGAGGGGGAGAGUUGGAAACUUUGUAAAGUUAC